CACACACACAAACACACAAACAAACACACAAACACACAUUUAGCUGCUCAUUCAAACACAAACACAGAAGUCUGCUGGGAUCCAUCAGCCGUCAUCAUGCACAGCAAAGACCAGAUCAGUCAUGACGAAUACCAGAAGACGGCCGAUUGGUUGAUGUCUCAGACGAAGCACCGCCCCCAGGUGGCCAUCAUCUGCGGGUCCGGACUGGGCAUGCUCGCCGACACCCUCAAGUGUCAAGACUCCUUCGCUUAUUCCGACAUCCCGGGGUUCCCUCAGAGCACGGUUCAGGGUCAUGCAGGUCGGCUGGUCUUCGGGGAGCUGAAGGGGAAAACGUGCGUUUGCAUGCAGGGUCGCUUCCACAUGUACGAAGGACAUUCGCUGCUGAAGACGACGUUUCCGGUUCGAGUCUUCAAGCUGUUGGGCGUCGAGACCCUGAUCGUGACAAACGCCGCCGGCUCAUUGGCCGACGGCCUCCAGCCCGGCGACAUCAUGAUCAUCAAAGACCACGUCAACUUCCCCGGAUUGGUCGGUCUGAACCCGCUGUGUGGCCCCAACGACGACAAGUUCGGGCCUCGCUUCCCGGCCAUGUCAGGCUGCUACGACAAAAACCUGCGUUGCCAAGCGAUGGAGAUCGCCAAGCAGCUGGGCGUGGCCGGACUCAUGCAGGAGGGCGUGUACGCCAUGGUGGGCGGGCCCAACUUUGAAACCAUCGCCGAGGCCCGACUGUUGCAUCGACUCGGCGUGGACGCUGUUGGUAUGAGCACGGCUCCCGAGGUCGUCGUGGCGACGCACUGCGGCCUGAGAGUCUUCGGUCUGUCUCUGAUCACCAACAAGGUGGUGAAGAGCUACGAGGACUCGGACAGCGUGAACCAUGAGGGCGUGCUGGAGGUGGGCCGGCUGCGUUCCCACACGGUGCAGCAGCUGGUGACCGAACUGAUCAGCAGGAUGGAGAUCAAUAACAACAUCACCAACAACGCAGCCUGAACACACACACAUAUUGAUCGCUGUGCUGACGACACUGUCAGAGCUUCCUCCGGUUUGGUCCUUCUCAUUGUUUCAUACCUUUGCUGUACUGAAGCGUUUAUUGGUGCCUGUUAGCCGUCAGGCUAAAUCGGACUGUAAGUAUUCAUUCAUCAUAUUUAUGCCAAAUCUAAUAAUUAAUAUAACGACGACUUAAAUGGUGCUUUAAUAUAAAAACAAAGAGGUUUUUUUCUGUUUUUUUAAAAUGAUUAUCUUGUAUAUUGUUGCUGUUGAAUGAUUGUUUUGUAAAAGAGUCUGUGUCACGUUUUAAUCUGAUUUAAAGAUGCUGAAAACAAAC